UAGGCACGUUUUUUCUCUUAGUUCUCUGUCGAUGCUCCAAAUGAGAUACACAACAAAGAUGAAUUUCAAAGCGAAACAAAAAGCUCUUCUUUAUCACGAGAAAAAAGCUUCCUAGGUCCCACACAACUGCAUUCAAAAACGAAAUUCUCUCUGAAAUUCCACUUAGGUGCCAUUGAAAUUGAGCUUUGUUUAGUGCGCUCUUCGCUGCAAAUCACAACAGAAGUUAGUAAACAAUAUGUCCGAGAACCCCGAUAACCAUCAGUUUAAUGAUGACGAAUUGGUGCCUCCUGAGUGGCUCAACUCCGAGUUCAUAGCCCGCGUGCUGGAAGCCCAUGAUUCGGAGGCCGUGGUCAGGGUAACCGAUUUGAGCUUCUGCCCGGCGAGUGCGAAGGGAGAUCACUAUGCCAGCAUCAUGUUCCGGGCAAGGGUGAAGUACACCAACCGGAAGGGGGAGUUCCAGAAGUCGCUGAUCAUCAAGACAAUGCCAGAGGCGGAGGGACACAAGAAGGAUAUGCUCGGAGGAUCGCCCAUUUUCGAAACCGAGAUGGGAUUGUACACAAAGGUGCUGCCCGAGUUCGAGCGGAUUCUUCGCCAGAUCGGCGAUAGCACCAAGCUACACGUGAAUUGCAUAUACCACAGUCUGGUGCCGCAUCAGGUUCUGAUUUUUGAGGAUCUGGUCGAGAUGGGCUACCUUGUGCUUCGGGAUCGGGACGCCACCUUGGAUGAGAUACGCCGCGUCUACUUCAAACUGGCCAAGUGGCAUGCAGCCAGCUUAAAAGUGCAGAGUGAGCAUCCAGAGUUCCUAGAGCCGUACACCCACGGACUGUUUGAGAUGCCCCACGUCCUGAACGAGCCCUUUAUGAAAACUGGAAUGGAAUUCUUCGUGGAACUCUUGGGUAAGGAGCCGGAGCUGAAUAAGUACAAGCCGUACUUCGAGAGCAUCAAGGACGAUUUCCUGGCGCGACUCGUUGAAGAGUGGAAGGACUUUCGAGGGAACCAGAAAAGGGACGAGUACUGGGUGCUUUGCCACGGAGACCUGCACCUGCGAAACAUUAUGUUCAAGUACCAGGAGCCUGGAUCCUUCGAGGACUGCAUGCUGCUGGACUUUCAAAUCAGCAAUCGCUUUCCCCUGACAUUCGAUCUGGUUUAUUCGAUAUACAUGCUUUUGGAGCCAGAGCAGCGAUGGAAGAACUGGGAUGAACUCAUCAACUAUUACUUCUCCGUUCUGGAGGAUGUUCUGAAGAAGAUCGGCUAUGCGGGUGUCAUGCCCACUCAAUCGGGUCUUUGGCAGCGUCUGCAUCAGCACAAGUACUACGAGUUCUUCCUCAUCAGCACCUUCCUACCGCUGAUGUGGGCAUUGAGGGAUAAGUCGGUCGACUUUGGCGAUCUGCUCCAGAAUGAGGAAAAGCGAUGGAAAUGCACUUUUUCUGAAGGUUACAUUAAAGAUGUCAAAAUAGUGCUGGCCCGGUUGGAUCAGUUGGGCUUACUCCAUGCCUGAAAGUACUCGAAUAAUAUAUGAUUAAAUGGUAGUUAAAAUGUCCAGUAAGGUAUGAAUAAAUAAAUCCUAGGUUUCUUAACUUUCGCCAUCUUCCAACUUUCAUAAUCAAUCUACAUUUUCUGCGGUUUGCUAAGCACGUUUGCAACAACACAUGCCAAGCCAAGCUAAAAUUUUAGAAACAAACAAUUUAAAUGUUUGGCUCAUUUGAAUCGCUAAUUUACAUCAUUCUAUCGCUGCUCAUCUGGAUGCCCCAUGAAUGAGAAUUAUUUGCGUGUUCCCAAUUACAUACGAGUAUAUGAAUGCCUCGGGCAAUUAAAACCUCAUUGUGACGCAGUUUUGCCAUCAAUGCCAAAUGCUGGGUGUGCAAUUAUUUUAUAGAAUGUUUCCGGCUGAUUAAAUAGAAUUACGAUUUUAUGGAGUGUGGCAAACAAGUGCGGUUUUUGGUUCGGAGAAGUCAAUAGAUUUCAACGCGAUUACAGAAAAGUCUGAUGUCGAUUCCCACCUUUUGUUUUACUUUUUAUCAAGAAAUAAAUAGUAAUCAACAGCGCCUAUUUUCGUUAAACUAUUGAUUACCAUUAAAGGGGAAAAGUUAAGGAACUUACGUUGGCACAUACGUCACUAGUUGAUAAAUUGGACGCUCGACGAAAGAGUUAAAGAUUUAUCAUACGGCAGCAAAGUUUGAAGACGACGUCAUUUGGGCCCAUUUCAAGCUCAACACACGCGAAACCAAUUUUAGCCAGUCAUGAUGAUAGUUUCUUACGUUUUGUUGACGGUUUUGUUACCACGCCAAG